UGAAGAAUGAAGCUUAUAGCCGCUCCAUUUCUGUGAAAUCACUCCCACGCACACUACUCAUCUGCUCAGUUCAUGGCAAUGGCAGCAGUAGAAGCUUCUCUUCUGUCACUUUGCUGCCCUUCUUCUCCAUUCAAGGGAAACUUGACAGGAUUGAAGCCCAAGGCAUGCAACUUCACUUGUCUUAAACUCCAUUCUAAGAAGAAAAGACCAUUGGUGAUCAUCAGCCAAGCAGCAGCAGCAGCUUCUGUGGUUACUACAUCUCCAGGAGUGAGGUUCAGGCUGGACAAUCUGGGCCAGCAACCGGGGUCUAGAAAGAAAGGGAAGAGAAAGGGAAGAGGUAUCUCUGCAGGACAAGGAAACAGUUGUGGUUUUGGCAUGAGAGGUCAGAAAUCUCGGUCUGGUCCUGGUGUUCGAAAAGGGUUUGAGGGUGGACAAGUGCCUCUGUACCGCCGUAUCCCUAAAUUGCGUGGAAUUGCUGGAGGUAUGCAUGUGGGGUUGCCAAAAUAUGUCCCUGACUUAAAAGACAUAACAGCAGCAGGAUUCCAAGAGGGAGAUGAGGUAUCACUAGAGACUUUGAAGGAGAAAGGUUUGAUCAACCCAUCAGGAAGAGAAAGGACACUCCCUUUGAAGGUUCUGGGUGAUGGAGAGCUGAGUGUCAAGCUGAACAUCAAAGCUCGUGCCUUUUCAGCAGCGGCCAAGGAGAAACUUGAGGCUGCUGGAUGCUCUCUUACUGUUUUACCUGGCCGAAAGAAGUGGGUGAAACCAUCAGUUGCUAAGAACCUUGCCCGUGCAGAAGAAUACUUUGCUAAGAAACGAGCUGCCGCCGCCGCAUCUGAACCAACCGCAGCUUAAAUCAUUUGUCCUUUGAUUUUUAUACCUUCAUUCAGCAUGUGGGGAAGUAGAUUUUUCUGUUUGCUUCCCUCCCUCCCUCCGUCCCUCGCUCUCUCUCCACUCUCCAGUAGCCAAAAUUUCUCUCUCGGUAAAGGUAUUAUACCCCAGUUAUGCUUUCAUGUCAAGAUCAACUUUUGGGAAGGGGGUAAAAAUGGCACUUGGGAAAAUCAAUGGUGCCAUCAUCCAAUAAUCACAAGAGGAUAAUAUCAGCCAGAAGAAACCGAGUCCAGGAAAAUCCAACCAUUGGUCUUUUCCAGUAAAUUUACUUUGUGGAUGAAACUUCCUCGCAGGAUUAGAUUGCCAACAAGGAAAGCCAAGCCAUCGCACAUCACACCCUCCACUAGAUUUUGUCUUGAUCGUUCCAAAUUGUUAGCAUCACAAAAUAAGAAUCUCAAAUUGGGAUUUAUACUAGUCAAUGCAAUUCACCAAAUCUAAUAGUUGUCACAAUCACACUUGCUUA